AUGUCUGAUAAUGAGGGCCAUAGCGGGGGAAUCCCCGGAGAUGACGACCUCUCGCUCCCGAAGGCGACAGUGGCGAAAAUGAUCACUGAACUUCUCCCGAAUGAUAUAGUGUGCGCGAAGGAUACGAGGGACCUCGUCAUUGAGUGCUGUGUCGAAUUCAUCCAUCUACUAUCCUCUGAGGCCAACGACGUUUGCGAGAAGGAGUCCAAGAAGACCAUAGCACCCGAACACAUCAUCAGUGCACUGAAGACCCUCGGCUUCGACUCCUUCACAGCAGAAGUCGAGGACGUCCUUAAGGACCAUAAGCAAGCUCAGAAGGAACGCGAAAAGAAGGUGUCCAAGUUCGAGAACUCCGGCAUGACCGAAGAGGAACUCCUUGCCGCACAAGAAGAGCUCUUCGCCGCCAGCCGCGCCAAGUUCCAAUCGACAGCACAAUGA